UUUGCCAACAGUGCUGUGUGCUGAUGAAAUGACCUCCGCUCCUGUAACUGUAUAUAAGAAAAGCUGAACAGAGCGACACUACAACCACCUCCUCCACCUGCUGCCAGACCGUCUGCUGAAGCUCUGAAGGCUUGAAGGUGUGAUCACUGCAACCAUGCUGAAGGUAGCACUUGUGCUCGGAUGCCUCCUGAGCCUCGCUCUGGCUCAUCCUACGGAGACUGAACACCAGCGGUUCGCUCGCUCAGACUCUGGCUCCAUCUCUGACUCUGAUGAGGCUACCCCCGCCAUGACUUUGCAGACCCGAGCCCAGUUGAUCCAGGUCCUUCUGACCAUGUUACAGACACAACUAACUACGACUGCAGCUACGACUACGACUGCAGCCACAACAACGACUGCAGCUACGACUACGACUGCGGCGACAACUACAACUGCAGCUACUACAACUACAGUUGCCACCACCCCCGCCCCAGCUACUACUACUACUGCGACAGGUUAAAAAGUGAGAUUUAAGCGGGGUCAGCAGGUGAAUUUAAAACCGUAUUUAAUGACAUGAGUGAAUUUUUUCGUUGGUGUACGUUUGUCAGGAGAAUUGUUUCUUUCUUUUUAUAAAUUUCAGUGCUGUUGUCUGUUUUUUAUUCUUCUGCUUCAGUGAAACGUGUGAAUCAGAAACUCUGUGUUCUCUGUUAAAUCUGUUCGAUAAAUGCAAAACAUGGACCCAAUAAGUUUGUUUUUC